GCCGUUUGACCGGCGGUCCUGUGAACGUGCAUCUGCGUCCUUGGAGCGCUUUACGACAAAGUCAUUCACUUUACGGCAUCUCUUGUAAACAAGAGGUAAACACACCUCGUCGACGCUUCCAGCUCAUAUUAAAGCAACAAUACUAAGCGAACAAAAAUGCUUCUCAAAAAUCGCGCCAUGCUCUCACUCGGCCUUCGAAUGUGCUCCACCCACGUCACGACAGGAACGGCGGUCGAGUCAGCAAGACCCAGUUCAGACAUGUCUGAGUUCCGCAGCGUCUUUUCCAAAGCCAAGCACAUAGCAAUCAUCACAGGUGCAGGCGUGAGCGCCGAGAGCGGCGUGCCGACUUUCAGGGGGGAGCACGAGAAAUGGAGGAAGUGGGUGUCUCAGGACCUCGCCACUCCAGAAGCCUUCUCCCGCAACCCGUCUCGAGUCUGGGAGUUUUAUCACUACCGGAGGGAGCUGGUGUUGGACAAGAAGCCCAGCGCCGUCCAUUUGGCCAUAGCCGAGUGCGAGGCGCGGCUGAAGAAGCAGGGCCGUACCGUGGUCGUGAUCACGCAGUGCAUCGAUGACCUGCACCGACAGGCCGGCUCCAAGCACGUGCUGAAGGUUCACGGAAGUCUGAUGGAGACGCGCUGCAUGAGCUGUGGUCAAGUGACGGUCAACAAGCGGAGCCCCAUAUGUGCCGCCUUAAAGGGCAAAGGAGCACCGGGCUCAAAUGUUGCUGAUGCGCAGAUUCCUGUGGACAAACUGCCCAGGUGUGAAGAAAGAGACUGCCAUGGUCUGCUGAGGCCAAACGUGGUGUUCUUUGGUGAGACUCUGGACUCCCACAUCCUGACCAAAGUGGAAAAAGAAAUAGAAAUCUGCGAUCUUUGUCUUGUGGUGGGCACAUCUUCCAUCGUAUAUCCCGCCGCCAUGUUUGGCCCCCGGGUGGCGUCCAGAGGCGUUCCAGUGGCGGAGUUUAACAUGAGCACAACACCGAAAACGGAGUACUUCACGUAUCAUUUCCAGGGUCGGUGUGGAACCACGCUGCCUCUCGCUUUAGCGCAGCACGAGUCCGAGGAUUUUUAACAGCCAUAAGGGUCACUUCUUUCUCAAACGUCAGCCUGUUACUCCUUCCUGCUGCCAAAGCUGUGGGGUUUCACCACCAGUUUUCUAAUCUACGUAGGAGAAUGUUGAGUCUUGCAGAUAGAACAUUUAUAAUCAUGUCUCUUGGGAACAUCUCAUAAUACUUGAAUCUACUUUUAUUUUUUUUGACUGGAACAAAGUUGAAGGAAGACUCAAUCGUCCACAUUUGCAGCAAUAAAUUAUGCAGAUUGAGGGGAAAAAGCAAAGCUGUCAUGUGUAGGAAGAUUUCUCCUUCAGCUUAGAUGCUGGAAACAGAUUAUGCUGACUUUAUAAAGUGACACAACUUCUGGUGCCAACUGAUACUCGCUCCUCUGACUUCUUUCUAGAGAAAAUAAUCCUGUGCCUUUUCAAACUGUUUACACAACUUUAACCAAAAGCUUGCUUUAAACCAUAAGUGUAAAUCAAUCAACGUUACAGAUGUGUUUUUUUAACUGUUUUAGAAUAAUGACAGUCCCAGCCAGCAAGGCCAAGUCGGCCCAUUUGGUUUAAUAGUGGACAGAAACUGUGGGUCCAGAUCGGGUUCUUCUGCAGUUUCUGUGGUGGCCCCACUGUGUUUGCCCACGUUCAUUUAAGUAGGGAUUCGGAGGGUUUGCUCGCUAUGCUAGCCAGUCGGCCGGUGGACAGCAAAGCUAGCGAGCUCCACUGUAUCAUGCUAGCGAGCUCUACUGUAGCAUGCUAGCAAACUCCUCUGGAUCAAGCUAGAAAGCUCCUCUGGAUCAAGCUAACAUGUACCUCUGGAUCAAGCUAGCAAACUCCACUAUAGCAUGCUAGCGAGCUCUUCUGGAUCAAGCUAGUGAGCUCUACUUUACCAAGCUUGCAAACUCCACGGUGGCAUGCUAGCAAGCUCCACUAUACUGAGCUAGUGAGAUCUGCUGUAGCGAGUUAACAAGCUCUUCUGGAUCAAGCUAACAUGCUCCUCUGGAUGAAGCUAGAAAGCUCCUCUGGAUCAAGCUAGAAAGCUCCUCUGGAUCAAGCUAACAUGCUCCUCUGGAUCAAGCUAGAAAGCUCCUCUGGAUCAAGCUAACAUGCUCCUCUGGAUCAAGCCAGUGAGCUCUACUGUAGCAUGCUAGCGAACUCUUCUGGAUCAAGCUAGAAAACUCCACUGUAGCAUGCUAGCAAGCUCCUCUGGAUCGAGCUAGUGAGCUACUCUGGAUCAAGCUAGCGAGCUACUCUGGAUCAAGCUAGCGAGCUCUACUUUAGCAAGCUAGCAAACCCCACGGUGGCGUGCUAGCAAGCUCCACUAUACUGAGCUAGUGAGAUCUGCUGUAGUGAGCUAGCAAACUCUUCUGGAUCAAGCUAGAAAACUCUACUGUAGCAUGCUAGCAAGCUCCUCUGGAUCAAGGUAGCAAGCUCCACUGUAGCAAGCUAACGUGCUCCUCUGGAUCAAGCUAACAUGCUCCUCUGGAUCAAGCCAGUGAUGUCUACUGUAUCAUGCUAGCGAGCUCCUCUACAGCAAGCUAGCGAGCUCUGCUGUCUACCGGUGGCUGGAUAGCUUGGCGAGUCUAACCACUUAGUGUCCACUUAAGCCAAUGUGGGCAAACACAGGUAAGGCCACCUCAGAAACUGUGGACAAACCCAUUUGGGGCCAACAUUUUCUCCACACUUCUAUCCCAUAUGUGGCCCACUUGGCCUUGCUGGCUAGGUCAAUAAGUCUACAUUUGAUGUACCGUUUAGUGUUAAUUUUUUUGUUUUUGUUUUUUUUAGAAAACUGAUUUUUUUUGGGUUGAAAAAUAAAAAUCAAAACAUUAUUUUUACCAUUUUAAUUGCCUAUAAACAGUAUGAAUAAUCUGUUAGGAUGUAUUGUAUUAAUACUACAAAUGCAGUUAUUCUGAAAAUACUAAUAAAAUACUAAAUGGAC